AGCCAGCUCGGCUCGAGCGGGAGUCAACCCUUUCCCGCUUUACAAAUCUACUUGAUAUAGUUUAUUCACGACAGAAGAUCAAGUGCUGGCCAAAAAAGCUGGCUGCAUUUCUAUGCAUAUCCGAAGCCAUCGGAGUUUGCCAGUGAUUGCUGCAGCAUUUGCGUGGCUAAGAUGUGUAUACUGCGUCCAUCCUGACCACACAGGAUGCGAGGUCAGCUCCCGAUCUAUAGCUGAAGCAGUGCUGGAAGAUGCAAGCAAUUCCAGACAGGCUUGUGCCUUUCUCCAGACCGAUGCUUUCCAUCGAGUUGUUCGUAUUGACUCCCAGGGUGGUUCCCUGGAAGAAGAGCCACGAGCAAAGGUGGAAGCAAGUGGUCCGGAGGCCAAGACAGCAGCAAGCAAGGUGGGCAUCAACCUUUCAGUCAAGUGGAUGAAGAAUCCGCUCCCAGUCAAUGAGGCAAUUGCGGCAAUCCCACGGAUUCAGGAGUACUUGGGCUUGUCGCGGCCAAUUGAGCGGGUCAAGACGUAUGACCUUGCGCCCUCCAACAGGGCACUGGUAGAGGAGCUGGUGCGGCAGUCUAGCCAGGUAGGUGGAAGAUACUCCGUAAAAGAGCUUGUGAUUGGCAUCGGCAACAAGGAGCUCCCGUUUGUCGACAUGGAUUGGCUUCGGGGAAUCGCCGAUGACUUCAAAGGCGCCCUGCACAUAGCCAUUGGCAACGAGCCCGACCGCAGCGGUGUCCAUGCAGACAGAGUUCUUGAUGUUCUCAAGGCACUCAAAGCAGAGAUCCCGGAAGCUCAGGUCACUGUGCCCUUCGCGUAUUCAAUCAUGCAUAGAAGUCACCCUGUAGAGAAGUCCAAGCUGGAGAAGGAAUUCGUGGACGAGUACAAACAUGUCCUCCCGCUCCUGGACUACUUUACCAUCAAUAUCUACCCUUUCCUUAGUUCUGGAACCAAAGGGGUGGCGAUGUCGAACCUGACUGGCCCCGAGAUGAACUUUCUGAACGACCAAAUCUCCGCUUUGCGUAUAGCUUUGGACCGUGACUUCCCUCACAACAAUCUGCCCUUGGCAAUUGGAGAGACUGGGUGGCCGUCUUGUGGUGCUGCCCGUGCCUUCCCGUAUUCGUUUGCCACUUUGCCAUAUGCAGAGACAUUCCUCAAGAAUGUAGCACAGUGGAUGGAGUCCAGUUUAUCAGAUGGCCGAAUCAUCUCUGGACAGCUUUUCACGGCCUUUGAUGAAGAAACGAAAGGGACCAGACCCAGCGAGCGUUAUUAUGGAAUCCUGACCUCCAAGGGUGAGGUGAAAAAUGCAUACUCAUGUGUGAGCAAUGCUACUGAGCUUUCGCAGGCAUGGCUGGAGGAGCUGUAUCCAGACUGCGAAAGUGAUUUGGAUUGGAUGGUGAAGAAUUUUGACAACCCGUUUUUGACGGAGAAGUUUGCAAACAGAGAAAUGGACGGGUCCUUGUGCUCCUUCCAGCAGUACCUCUACGAUCGCUGGGCUUCCUGCCCACCCGUCUCCAGAAUACCCGGGGACUUUCUUCCUGUCGAAGGGCACAUGGUAUACGGGAAGCGGACGGCACAGACAAAGUGCUGGAGCCAGCGAUUGGCUGACAAGUACUCCGACCGUGGGGCUGUCAACAAGCCAAAUGUGUCGCAUUUAACCGACCAGCACGCAAAAGAGGCGCCUUCCAGCAAGAGCACGUCGCAAUCCUCUGAAGUGAACCCACUUCCAGAUCGCUUUGUUGGUGAGGGUGUGGAGCCUUCAGUGGUGACAAGACCCAGAACACUCCCAGUUUAUUGGAUCAACUUGGAGCAGUCCAAGGAUCGGAGAGUGGCAAUGGAGAACAUGUUUGCAUCUGUGAGCAAACAGUUGCCAACCAGCUUGACGCUGCAAGUGAUGCGGGUGCCGGGAGUGACCGUCCAUGAAGUAAAGGAGUUGCAGGGCAGAGGUGCCAUUGCGGUCGAGGCAAAACUGAUUGAUGCCUGCGAAGACGCCUGCCCUGAGCAUCAUUCGAGGGGGGAGUUGCUGUACACAGAGAUGGCGUGCAGCCUUUCUCACCUGCGAGCCAUGGAGUAUGCUUUAGCAGGAAAUGCCUCCUUGGCCCUUAUAAUGGAGGAUGACAUUGAAAUCUAUCCGGAGUUUGGCACCGAUUUAGAAAGAUUGCUCACUGAUGCUCCAACUGGAUGGAGUGCUUUGCAGAUGUCUUCUGUGAGCACGAAGGGCAUCCUACAGCUUGCCAGCGCUGGAGCAGUCUUUCAGCCACGCGAGCGGCAAUUCUACGGCACAGGGUCUUACAUCAUCAACAGGUUUGGAAUGUUGCAUUUACGGGCGCAAUACGCAGCUAUGCAAUUCCAACGAAAAUCAUGGUUGCCUGGUGCAGGGUCGCUGCAGGCAGAGGGUGUAAUUUAUGAUGCUCUACCCGAAGGCAGCGUUCACACAAGCACGCACUUCUACUUCAAUGUCAUCGACUUUCCAACGACGGUGCAUAUCAUGAGCAACUCCUCAGAGUGGUAUGCGGUAUCAAGCGUCGCUUGGCAAAGAAACUUUGUCCACCGACACCGGGGCCGUUUGCUCCCUGCGACGCCUACCUCAACAAUCCCAGAACGGCUUGUGAGGUCAUCCUUCUUGGCGAUGACCACCUUAGUUUGCAGAAACAACACUGGCUUUGAUGGCGAGAGCCGUUCAAUCGCAGCUUCUAUCCGCGCGAUGGCGCCCUACAACUUUUCGUGGGCCGUGUAUGUGAUUGUCUCAGACGGAUCGGAGGAAGGCAAGUGCCCAGGCCUUGAAAGCUUUCGGGAGCUACGCCAGCCAAACGUGAGAAUGCUGUACAGAGUGUCAGGAGGUCGCUUCUCCAAGUGGGUCUACUACACUGAAGAUGUAGAGCAGUUCGCAAACCAUGACUUCCUCAUGGUUUUUGAUGCAGACAUGGGCCUCUCAACCUUUCCUUGGGCAGAAUACUUCCGGCGCUACGAAGACUAUGCCUCAAAGUGGGGCAUAGCACCAGUGACUGGUGCUGUCCGGAAUCGAUCACCCUUCUAUCCUUUGAAGGCUGAGUGGUGGACCAAGUGCAACAGGAGCAGGAUCCGCUUUGUCGAGUCUGAUUUGGUGGAGCAAUGGUUCGCAAUGCUGACAGGGAGCUUUGCCACCUGGUAUCUACGCAAAGUGGUUGAGACAGGUAUCAUCUUGGAGCAGCGAACCUUGGGCGUUGACUGGGGCGUGGACUCCACAUGGUGUGGAGCUGCUGCUGAAUGGUCCAACCGGGAGGCUGGCUGCUUGCUGAUCCCUAUCGACAUGUACCAUGGGGACACCAAAAGCCUUCAACAGGAUGUUGUUUUUCACCAGAAUGGGGAGCACCUGACCAACCUAUGGUGGGAGAGAGUGCCUCAGUGGAUGCAUGUCUCACAAGUUUGGCUGGGAUCCUUCUUUCAGGACCACAUGCUUGGAUGCUCGCCGGUAGGUCUUGAAGAGCGCUACCACAUGCCCAUCGACUUGCGAUUAAUAGUGCCCAUUGUUCCGACUGGGCUUCCAGACAACCGCAGUCAUCACAAUGUACAGGAGCUGGAUUCUGCCUCUGGAAGUGCGUAUGCAUCGAACGGAACAGGCAACAAGAGCGGCAACUCUUCAAAUAACAGUGGGACUAUGACUAUGAACACUACCACCACUACCACCACGGAGGAACCCGAUGAACGUUCCUUUGGAGCACAACCGCUGGCUUUGCUGAGUGUGUGGAUUGCAUGGCAGGCCUUGCUUUGAGACCUUCCUGCUGGACAGCAGAGGAGCACGGCGUGGCAAUCCUGAAGGUUGCUCGUGUUUCCCACUAUUGCUUAAGGAACGAUGUUGCUCGAGAGGCCUCCUUAACUAUUAUGA